AAACUAGGUCAGGUCAAAGGAAAAUCUUAUUAACACUCUAGAGACUACAAUUUAAGGUUGAAACUCAUGAGAAUUGGUGAGAAUGUUUAUCUUGAUGACCUCUAGGUAAAGUUCAUAUCUAGGUCAUGUAGGCUCUAAAACUAGAUCAUCCGGUCAAAUCAAAUGGAAAACUUGUGAAUACAUUAAAGGCCACAAUUGUGACUCAAUCUUUAUGCAUCUUGUCUUGAUGAUCUCUAGGUUUGAAACUGGAUUAUGUGGGGUCAAAAACUAGGUCAAUAGACCAAAUCAAAUAAAAACCUUGUUAACAAUCUAGAGUCCACAGUUUAAGUGUGAAACUCGUAAGAAUUAGUCAGAACAUAUGUUUGUCUUGAUGACGUCAGGUUUCAAAUUUGAAUCAUGUGGGUUCAAAAAGUAGGUCAUCCGGUCAAAUCAAAGGAAAAGCUUGAUCACUCUCCAGAAGCCACGGUUAUGACUAUAUCUUCAUGAAACUUCGUUAAAAUGAUGAUCUUGAUAAUCUUUGGUCUAAGUUCGAAUCUAGAUUAUCUGGAAUCAAAAACUAGGUCACCUGUUAAAAUCAACGAAAAACCUUGUGCAUGUAAUAGGGGCUGCAUGUUUCGUUUGAUGUGCAUGAAAUUUGGCCAGAAGGUUUGUCUGCAUGAAAACUUAGAUGAAUUUUUAUCUGCGUCACGUGGGUAAAAAGCUAGGUCACCGGGUCAAAUCAAAGAAUAAGCUUGUUUACACUCUAGGAGACACAAUUUUAAUUUUAUUUUCAUAAAACUUGAUAAUAAUGUUUGUUAUAAAAUCUUGGUUCAUUUCAAAUCUGGUUUAUGUGGAGUCAAAAACUAGGUAAAUUUGUCAAAUCAAAAGAAAAGCUUGUAUACACUGUAGAGGCUAUUUUUUCCAAUCUUUCCGAAACUUUGGCAGAAUGUUUGUCUUUAUGAAAUCAUGGAAAAAUUCGAAUCUGGGUUAUGUGAUGUAAGAAACUUAGCCACUUAGUAAAAUAAAAGAAAGUGUUUGUUUAUACUCGAGAGGCCAUAGUUUCGUCCAAUCUAAAUGAAAAUUGGUCAGAAUAUUCGUCUUCAUGAAAUAACUAGGUAAAACAUGUUUACACUGUUAUGGUAUGUUACUUAGGUUGGCAACCUAGGGUCAUCUUAGCCCUCUUGUUGUUUCUCGUCAUCGCCAGAUUAUAUUAGAUAUUGUAUUUUACCCUUAACAUAAUUUACUUCGAGCUGUCUAUAUCAAAUAUUAUUGGUUAUCUUGCGGGUAAAUCACUGGAUGCUUGUAGUAUGUUAUUGGAGAAAAGGCUCUGAAGUUAGUCUGAACUGAAUAUUUCAACAAAAAUGAGACGACUGAGUGCAACAAGAACAAUGCAUUUAUCUUGCAUUUUAAUAUUAUGUUUCUGUUGUUUUCAUUUAGAAGCAUGGAUUAACAUGGCAAAAUACAACCUGUCUAACUUUCUCAAACCGAUCUUCUACCUACGGGUAGAUGGAGGUAAAAAUGAUUGGAUAAAAAGUUUUGAAAAGAAUACGAUAUGUAAUGAAAGAAACGUGAGUUUGUCUAAAACCGCACUACCUUUGACAGGUCUUGUCAGUUUUCCAGGGUCAGGGAAUACAUGGACGCGGCACCUUAUACAGCAAAUGACAGGUAUCGGCACUUCCAGUGUAUAUUGCGACGGAAGUUUGAAGAAGAGAGGGUUUCCAUACGAAUGUUACCAUAAACUCAGGAACAAGACCGUAGUUAUAAAAGCGCAUGUACCAGAACAUCUUCCAUUGUUUACAAAGAUCAUCUUCCUUAUCAGGAACCCUUACGACGCCUUUCUAUCAUUUGCAAAUUAUAAAGAAGCAGGGCAUACGGAACAUCCAACGGAGGGAAAGUUAAAGAAAUCACUUACUAAAACCGUUGAAAGUUCAGGGAGAAAUUACGUUAAUCUUGCCAGAAACAUCACCUUACAGUUCAAAGGACCCGUGCAUGUUUUGCAAUAUGAGAAGCUUAAAACCGAUAUGGCAAACGAGUUGAGAAAACUUGCGAAAUUCCUUGGAGUGAAUGUGACGAAACAUGACAUUUAUUGUACAGUGAAACUACAGGAAGGAAAUUUUCACCGCAACACGACUGACGAAAAGCAUAUCAAACUAUUACAACGGAUGUACGACAAGGAAAACCUGUUGAAGAUACAAGAAAUUACUCGGUAUACUGAAAAGUUGUUUAAAGAGGCUUACGAUUUAGGUGUUGAUUUAAAAGGUCCCGAAGAUCAACUAUUUCAAUAAAAACAUUAAAAAUCAGGCUUGGAAAUUAAAUACAUUGGUUGUGUUUAACACGCUGGCACCAGACCAGAAAAAUGCAAGCACUCACAGACAAAGUUUAACGUUGGCACCCGCAGGCGGUGCUCUUUUUUCAUAUUUUCGUGUCUACUUUUCAUGUUUACCUUCGUCAGUCAUCUUGAACUAUUUUAUAAGAAUGUAUAGGGAUAGUACACAUAAACAGUCUUGUUUGAACACGAUUUCUCCCGUUAAUGUAUGGGUCCGGUAAAAAAGUAGUUUUUAUGCCAGAAUGUAGGGAAAAUACGCGUUUUGUGUAUUAACGUCUACAGACGUCAAUAAACAAAAGACGUCAUUACACAAAACAAACGUGUAUUGCCUCUAUUAUUGGAUAAAAACAUGAAACAAAGGCUCGAUAGUAUAAAGAAUUUUCAAAAUUGUGACUUGCGUAGGCAUUCUCUGAAGAUGGACGACUACCAUGUUAAACGCUAUCUACUAGGUGCCACAAGAAAGACUUGUUGGUAUUCACGCUUGAGAUGCCCUUUAUAGUGAAAUAAACGAGGUCAAAGGUCAUUCGGGGCAUAUUUUCAUGUGUGUCACAUAAAAUACCUUGUAUCUUGGUCAUUUAUUGGUGUAGAAUAACAACAAUAGUAUCAAAUUGAAGCCAGGGUUUUGUACAUUUAUUUACAAACACAUAAUCAAAAAUUUUCUCAUUUACAUAGGCCUACUUAUGAAUAUUCAUGAACAAUAAUUCGUUAAAAAUGUUAUUAUUAAAUAAUACAAAGAUAAAAUCUUAACUAUUUGUGUUUAUAAAUGGACAAAAAUAAGCAAUAUUACAUUUGAAACAUUACUUUAUAUAAAUAUGUAUAAAUAUAUAUAUGUUUGUAUCAUUAUUUAUUGUUUGCAAGAGUAAAUACUGUCAAAAAUGGGUAGGGUAUAUUAAUCAUGAAAAAAAACAAAUAUUAAAAAAAAAACUGACAAUAUUUACAUUUCUCAAAUAUAAACCAUAUUUUGAGAUAGUACGAUAUUUCGAUUUUGGAAUAGUGUUCUUCAUAAAUAUUAAUUAAGAGCUUUUCAGCUCAUUUGCAUACUCAUGAAUAUUAAUUGAAAUGUAUCAAAUAUGCAUUCAAAACGUUCAUUUAGUACACAUAUAUCUGUUCUUAACCAUUGAUAAGAAUGUUAUCAGUUUUAUAAAUGUCCAAGUAAAGCUUGUAAAUAUUCCAUGCAUUAAGAAUAUAUUAUUAGUAUUUAAAGGUCCAAUACUAAGGAAAGUGAACAUUUUAAUUUCUUUUAAAAAGCACAGAAACUAUUUCAUUUUAUUGGAAAAUGAAAGUUGGUAUGUAGAAAUUCGAAAUAAAUCGCAGUAUAUGUACAAUUAUUUUUUCUAUGAAGUAUGAAGAAAGUUAAAAAGACCUGGGGGGUCAUUCUGUCGAUUCAUUGAAAUUUCAACAUAAUACACAUACAUUUCCUUGAGUUCAAAAGACCUUCUGUAAAUUUUGACCUGCCAAUCUUCAUUAUUUAGUGUCUUGCAGAAGUCUAUGCACUGGCUAUGAAAAAAAUUGCCAGCUCACUUUCCCUUAGUAAUGGACCUUUAACACUUAUACAAAUACUGCACAACAUAGUUUACACAGUUCAAUCUUGCUCAUAGUCUUUUCUCUAUACACGAUACCAGAAGACUUUGUUUUUAAAAUGUCACAA